UAUAAAAUUUAGAACCCCGAAAGUAAAACUGCCCAAUAACUCUCUUUCUCCUAUCGAGAUUCCAAUUUAUAAUUCGUUUGAACUUGAAGCCCUCCCUCUUCCUCUCGAUUUUUGUCCAAAUUUUACAACCAUGAAUAUUUUUAGAUUCAUCGGGGACAUGACACAUUUGAUUAGCAUUUUAGUUCUUCUUCUUAAAAUCUAUGCUACUAAAUCAUGCUCAGGAAUUUCGUUGAAGACACAGGAGCUGUAUGCACUUGUGUUCUUGGCUCGGUAUCUAGAUUUGUUUACUGACUUUAUUUCAGUGUACAACACCAUUAUGAAGUUAGUAUUCAUCGGGAGCUCUCUAGCAAUUUUGUGGUGUAUGCGGUUCCAUCGAGUUGUGAGGCGAUCAUAUGACCAUCAGCUAGACACAUUCAGGCAUUAUUUUCUUGUCGGGGCGAGCUUUCUCUUGGCACUUCUUGUCCAUGAGAAGUUUACAUUUCAGGAGAUAUUUUGGGCAUUUUCAAUAUACUUGGAGGCUAUUGCAAUUAUCCCCCAAUUGGUUCUGUUGCAAAGGAGUGGAAAUGUGGACAAUCUGACAGGACAAUAUGUUUUCUUCCUUGGGGCCUAUCGAGCAUUCUACAUCCUGAAUUGGAUCUACCGGUAUUUCACAGGGCAGCAUUUCAGUCGAUGGAUUUCUUGCUUUGCUGGCCUAGUCCAAACUGCUCUUUAUGCAGACUUCUUCUACUACUACUUCAUCAGCUGGAAAACUAAUGCAAAACUGCAGUUGCCAGCCUAAGAUGACAAAGAUUGAAUGGGAAAAAUUGAUACGUGGCUCAACCUCUUGUUUAACUAGGAGAAAAAUAGUGUUCAUACGACAAUUACUUUUAAAGAUGCUAGUGGAAGUUUCAAAACUGUAGAGAUUUGUAAUUCCACGGAAUCUUUUGUUAGAAGCGGAUAUUGAUAUUUCCAUGCAAGAAUCUUCUGAGACAAAGCAAAAGGAAGAUUUGUGUUUGUGGGUGUAUUCUUUUUUCCUUUUAUAAUAGAAAUAUGAGAUUGAUUAUUCAAAUCUCACGAGUACUCACAUAUAGGGAGGAUUUGUAGUUGGAUAAAGAUUUUGCCCCGGGUGAGUCAUUGUGUGUUAAUUAUUCUUUGCACUAUUUUUGGAUUUGGGCUCUAGUAACAGAUGUAGUUUGGCAUGUCUCCAGCCUUGUUACCCUUGGCUCGAAACACCGUCAUCUCACCUCCCGUUCGUCAAAGAUGAAUUUAGUGCAAAAUAAGCACAUAUGAUGUGCUUUAUGCUUUAAGAUCACGAUUUAGGUCAGAGCAUACAGUGGAUGAACCCGAUUUUGAGCGAGCAUUGUAUAACUCUGAUUUUUCCUUCUCGUCUUAAUCUGUUCCUUUUUUUGAACCUCUUAGCCCCGUUAUUGGAAUAUGUACAGUGUAAGAAACGAUCAAGUUAUGAUGGUGAACUAGGCAAAUUUUCCUUGGC